AUGGCAUUGGCAACUACUCGGCCACCGUUUUGGCGGUCAUCGAAGGCCGAUGAGUAUAGAGAAUUGAACGUACUUGGAAAAGGCGCUUACGGCGUUGUAUACCAUGUAACACACACCCCGACGAUGACUGAGUAUGCAUUGAAGAAAAUAGUGGUGGGCGUGAAUGACGACGGUGUACCACAAAGUGUAUUACGUGAAAUCUCAAGUAUGAUGGCACUCAGGAGGUUUCGUCACAAAAAUAUUACACUAUUACAUGACGUAUUUCACACUUUGGAAAAUAAUGGAUGUGAUCUGCAUAUUAAUAUGGUUGUGGAGAAAUGCGACUGGGAUCUGUAUUCCUUCCUAAAGGACAUACCUCGUGAUAUACCAGAUCAUCAGUGCAGACUGAUAGCUAGGCAGAUAUUUGAAGGCGUGGACUUUUUACAUAGCAAUAACAUCAUCCAUAGGGACCUUAAGCCACAAAACAUUCUUAUCAAUCGUGAUCAAACUGUUAAAAUUGCUGACUUUGGUUUGUCGAGAAGUUACACUACACAGAGCUGCUUUACUACCGUAGUUGUUACUCUUUGGUAUCGAAGUCCGGAAUUAUUACUACAAUGUAGCUACAAUACGGCAGUUGACGUUUGGGCUAUAGGAUGCAUCGUGAGCGAGUUGUAUCAAAGAUUGCCACUGUUUCCUGGCCAAACGGAAGCACAACAGCUGAGCAUUAUCUUUCAAAAAAUGGGAACGCCUCGAUCUUCACUCUGGCCACAUGACGCCAUCGUUGAACGGUCCAAUUAUCCAUCUUAUUCUGCUCAGCCGCUUGAAAGGUUAAAUCCAAGAUUACCUGCUGACGCCUUACCCGUUAUUAAUGGCUGUUUGACAUUUGCGGCAGAACAACGUCUGACAGCUCGAGAAGCUCUUCAAAUGACAUUCUUUAACCAAGAUUACCAACUAACUUCAAACGGUCACCUUCAGCAGUUAGCCGUUUCAAACCUUCGAAUCUCUAAUUUAAUACCAACACUGUACCGACCGUUAGCGCUCCCCAAGCAAAACGGCUACUUUUCCACUUCUGUUCCAACUUAA